UCCGCGGCCAUUUUGAAUCACCAAACAGUUCUGUUUGAUGCCAGAAAAAACAAGGUUUCUUGGCGGAGCUGUAGCUUACCCAAGCUCACGUUUUCUUUCAUGUUUAAGGGCGAAAACAUGCAGCACCAGACUAACACCAUGGCGGAGUUUUUGAUAGCUGGAGGAACUGGAUAUGUUCCUCAAGACGGUUUGACUGCCAUGCAGCUGUUCAACGCGGGAGAAGGACUAACUUACAAGUGAGUGCAUGUUCUUUUUUCUUCUGGAUAUCACUACUUUCGAAUGAAAUGAAGAAAUUUCGUGUUAAUUUUCGUGAAAUAUAAGAAGGGAAAAGCUGGGUAUGAGUGCGAAUCUGUUCAAUAAACCAGAGAAAAUUAUUUUGCUGACCAAACAAUGAAGAAAUUAGCUCGUUUCGAUUGCAUUGCAUUGUGUACGCGCUUUCCUCCUUCAAGCUUUUUCCUGGCAAGCUUUAUUAAAAUACACGUUUGUCCCUUAGGUUGAAGACAGUUUUUAAGUAUUUCCCCACAUUUAUGGCUUAAACAAGGUUUUCUGGAAUCAUUCUAAAUUUUAUUCGCAAAGAGUCAUUUCAAUGACUUCUGCUUUAAUUUUGGUUUUGAUACUAUUUUGAUUGCGUGAUUUCGUGCGGAAAGUCACGUUUGGCCGAACUUUUUAGUAAAUGUAAAUAAGCACAAAGUUAUUUUUGUUCAAGACAAAAAUAUGAAUUCUCUAAAAGUAAGUUUUAGUGAAAGGGAAGGAGUGUAUUUUCUUGACAUGCACUUUUUCACGUUUGUUAUAUAAGCAAGAAUUUUAUUUUCCUCCAGAGUUAAUUAAGCUUACAUAACAUUAGGGCCAUUUAUACGAGGAAAAAUAAGACGCGUCUUACAUAAGAUGCAUCUUAAGUAAGACGCGAACUGUACCAUUUAUACGAGCAUGUCUUAUCUAAGACGAGAACAGCUCGUAUAAAUGGUUUGCAUCUUAUUUCUGUUCGACUCGUUUUCAUGUGAAUGUUGCCCGUAGCAACGGCAAUCCAACGUGGCGCGCCAAAAAUUAACGCGUGCGUACUAUGUGUUUGCGUCUUAUUUAAGACGCGAAGGUCAUUUCUGCAAAGUUUUUCUCAUCUUAGCUAAGACGCGUCUUAUCUAAGAACAGGUGUUAAGGGCUGUUCUAAAAUAAGACGCUUCUUAUUUUAGACGAAAUGUGCCGUUUAUAUGGAAAGUUCGCGGUCUAUUUUAUGACGCGUCCUAUGUAAGACGCGUCUUAUUUUUCCUCUUAUAAAUGGUCCUAAUGUCACCACUCUCAGAUUUUAUCGAAUAAAAUAUUUCUUACCUUUUGAGCGACAGAAAGAAUUACAAUUUUGACCCCUACAGAUACAUUACGUCUCCUAUCUGCUUUGUGGCUUGUGGCACACAAGGCCUUCUUUUAUAUUUACUUACUUAUUUAUUUAUUCAUUCAUAUAUUUAUAUUUUCUGUAUAAUACGGUGGGUUCUGCAGGAGAUGGUUACAGUAAAAACCCAUGACUAAGAACCUGGGUUUUAAGAACCUGUUAGGCCCCCUCUAUACAAGAACCUGUUUAGCCUAAAAUUUGAAACAGGUUCUUAUUUUGUGAAAUGUAUAAAAAAAUAUCUGUACACUUCGCCAAAUGAGAUAAGUCAGUAUUCAGAAUCCUCUUUGGAGGCAUAAGGUGUCUUAUCACUCCAACUGCAAUUUAGUGGUAUGCAGAUUUUUUUUAAGGAAUAAUCUGAAUAUACCAUUAAAAUACUCUUAGCCUCAAUGUAAGAACCUAAAUGGCCUAAAUUUGUGUUAAGUACUAUUUAUGUAAGAACCUGUUUAAACUAACUUGGGAAAAUGCCUGUUCUUAGUUGCGGGUUUUUACUGUAACACAUCUGUAGGACCAGGGGAUCACAUUUUGCUCGGCCUUACUGUAUUCUUCGACUGUUCCAUUAAAAUGGGGGCCCUUCCAGGAGAGCAAGACUGACCAGCUGACAUAGCUCUUGGGACAUACACCGACUGUAGAGGCCGUCUUUGUUAGGUGGGGGCGGGGUUGUACAUAAUAUCCGUAGUCUGAAUAUCAAAUAUUUGGCGUUCUGAGGAGUAGACCAUGUCGGUAUUUAACCUAUUCAUAAUGGGUUUUCAAGUAAAGGCAGGAGCUAUUUUAUCUUUAGAAUCAACCAAAAAAUUUCAUGAACAAAGAUGAGUGUCCAUGGUUUCUGCAUUUCUUCUGUUACAUGUACGGGUAGAAGAAGGUCGUCUCCAUCAGACUUGUGUACCAAUUAAAGUGAAGCUUAAUCAGCCUGUUAUACCCUCCAUGGCAACCACCCGGCAUUGUAAUGAUUGAAAUCUAGGUUAAAAACUUAUUCAAAUUAACCUUCUGUAGGAUAAAUAGCUGUUCAAAUGCCCAACACACCACUUGUAAAUGUGAUCCUUUAAUAUGAGGUUUCUUCCAGUAAAUUAUUCUUGUUGUCUUUUUUCAGUGAUUUCAUUAUCCUCCCAGGCUAUAUUGAUUUUACAGCUGAUGAAGUGGUAUGUUACCUCCAGAUUUUUUUCAUUAGAGUGGAAUCUCUCGCAGUAACCAGUCUGUGGUGUAAAGUAGAGCCUAUUUGGACCCAAGGGGGUGUACUCCGGAUUUCAAAUAAUGGGGAUGAUUGAAUGGGGGCAAAAAUCAAACCCCCAAAAAUCCCUAGGGCUUCCAACAAAUCCAGACAAAUCCCUCAAAUAAAAAUUAGCCUCAUAAAUAUCCCAUGCCGAAUUUCCGCACCUUUAAAAUUUCCAGAAAGCAUUAAAUAAUAUAACACAAAAAAUUAAGGUUUUUCAAAACAAGUAUGGUUUUACUUUGUUCAUAGAACUGCAUGGCCAGGAUUCUCAGGCACUACACAAAUCGUCAGAUUGUUUUGAAUACCUAAAAAAAUCCCUACUUAAAUCGAGCCACCCAAAAAACACUUGAGAAAAUCUCCUACCCAAAAAAAUCCCAGACUUGAAAAUUUCAAACCCCCCAAAACCCUUUCCAGUCAUCCCCGUGGCUUGAGAUUUAGAGUUCCCGCCUGGGUAUUUGGAGUAAUGUUGAGUUUUAAGCAAAAUUUAUGGUUGGGUUUCUUUGAGAAGAUCUGAAUCUGGACACUUGAAUAAAACUGAAUUCUGUGCUACUUUACUGUCAAAAAAUAGAUUAGAAUUGAGUUGAGUUUAUUGAUUUGUUAUAUGUUGAUACAAUCUGAAUCCAGUCUGGCCCAGUUGUUUGAAAAGCUGAUUUAAUCUACGCUGUACAUGUAUCUGAGUUUAAAUUUCAAUCCAGGUUCCUUUUCCUUUUGUUUAAGAGCAUUUUCCCCUUCAAUUUCAUCUAAUCAUAUGUAGAGCAUACAAGCAUCAAAUUUUAGACUAAAAGAUUUAACAUGAAUUCUCUUCUCAAGUGUUAUAUUUUGGAACUCUGUUUCAUGAUUAAUAUUUCUGUUUUGUUGUAAACCGUACAGGACUUAACCUCAGCCCUGACUAAAAAAAUCACAUUGAAGACACCACUGGUCAGUUCUCCAAUGGAUACUGUCACUGGUAAGGCAAAAGUCCAGUUUUGAAAUUAAAAAUUACCACUGAAUACAAACGUUAACGACACAUUCAUACAGGGUUAGCCUUGACAUAAAGUAAAAUAUUCAAAAAUUCCGGCAAGUAAGUGUUUGAAAUUUGAAAGUGCACAGUACAGAGAGUAAUAAACAGGUCUUCUUUUUGUUGGAAUGUGUGAUCGUAUUAACUUCAGAUGGAGGCUUACUUACUGCACGCAAUGCCCUCUGGCAUGAAGGGCGGCAACGAAGGCCCUCAACUCCUGUCUGUUCUGGGCCAGCUUCCAGAUGGUACCCCAGGUGUGGUUUAAGGUCUUAAUCUCUCCCUCUGCUGUUCAUCGCCAGGUGUUCUUUGAUGUGCCUCUCUUCCACUUGCCUUGUGGUGUCCAUUGUAGGGCUGAGUGGGUAAUGUUACCGGCGUCUUUCCUAAGCACGUGCCCAAUCCACCCCCACUUUCUCCUCAUGAUGAUGGUUUCCAUGCUGUCUUGAUGACAACGAACAAGCAGUUGAAAAUGCUUCUUCACUUCCUUUAUGCAGCAGUCAUAGCAAACUCUAAACUGGACAAUUUAUUCUAAUCAUUAACAUCAAUGGACACACAUGGUAGUGAUCAUAAAAAUGUUUGAAGUCUCUAUCACAUUCUACCCUUCUCUCUGCAGAAUCUUCCAUGGCUAUAGCAAUGGCUGUAAGUAUUAUAGGUCAUAUAAGAAAAUGUUAAUUUGUACCUUUUAAACUGCACAGUUACAUAGCUUUAAGGCUCUCUAGUCCUCUGCAUUUUGUGUUUUUUUAUUAUUUGUAAAAUGAUUGUGAUUGCAUACAAUAUUUUCUCUGCUCAAACCUUCUUGAGAAUACGUGCACAUGUAUGAACAUAAUGUGUUCAUGUGGUUCAUUUUUAUCUUUGGUGCAAAGUUUGUUUUCUUGUGUUGGAAACUCAUACAUCACUUGAUUACCAUACUAAAAUACAAGGAGAAAAUAAAACAAACUGUAACCUUUAAUUUGAGAAAAAAGGUAUCAGCAUUCUAAACAGAUUAGCACAAUGCUGACAUGUCAAACAAACAUCAAAGCAGAAUAGGUUAAUUAAGGGAUGUGUUAAUGUUGACUAUACUAACCGUUAUUAUUUAAUAUUGGCCUUAGGUAAAUGAAAACAAAAAUAAUUAAUGCUUUCCCCUUCAUCAUCAGCUGAAUGGGGGUAUUGGUAUAAUCCAUCACAACUGCUCUGUGGAGUUCCAAGCGAACGAAGUAAGAAAGGUCAAGAAGUUUGAACAGGGUUUCAUUCUGGAUCCAUUGGUUCUUAGCCCUGACAACUGUGUCGGAGAUGUUACAGAGGCUAAAGCCAAACAUGGGUUCUCUGGGAUCCCCAUUACAGGUAAAAGUUAAUGGUUUAAACUGUUUCAAAAGGUGGAAGGCUUGUGCAGCAUGAAGCAAUCUUUUAGGUUAUUCCUUUCAGCAGGCUGUUUUUUUUUUCCCAAAACAAUCCUUUCGUGCUUUAUGACACAAUACCAACCCAGUUCAAUCCCUGCAAAACUUCAAAAUAGCCAAAAUGUACAUGUACAUAGGCACAGCAAUCAUAACGUUAGAGAUAGACCACAAUAUUACUGAGCACCCCUUCUCUUGUUCAUUUUUGGAUGACUGCUUAUCCCUGUUCCUGGCAAGUUGUUUGCAUGUAAAUUGAUUUUCUCUAACCAUUUGUUUUUUCUGCAGAAAAUGGACGUAUGGGCGGAAUAUUGGUGGGCAUCAUCACAUCACGAGAUAUUGACUUCGCACAUGAACCAGACAUGUCCAGGCCUAUCAAAGAGGUAACAGACACAAAUAUGAAACUAUCUGUUUGAUUGCACUGUAGUCUUUAAUUUAGGAUUCCUGAAGGACAAUACAUGUUACUAUCUAAACUGAUUUUUGUUAUACUGAAUGCACAUAAAGGUGUUGCGAAGUGUCUACUAAAUUAAUGUGUGCUUUGUGCACAAUGUACAAUGUACAUACAUGAAUCACCUCCAGGGACUUUUAUUUUGCCCAAUUAUGAUGUGGUGGUGUUGGCACUUGGAUUGUAUGUGUAUGUCCAGUGCCAGCCGACAGUCUGCAUCAUUAAUUUUCCAUCAUCCAUCAUUUCCUUGGACAGGAAACAUUAUGUCACCUUUCAUCCAGGUGUACACUGUGUAAAUGGGACCCUGGGAGAUACACUGCUAGGUUAACCCUGCAAUAAACCAACAUUUCAUCCAAGGGGUAGUAGAUCUUCGGGGUUCUCGUUGAGGUCUGAGCCAUCUACUUUUAGGGGAAAGUGGGUAAACUGAGGGAUUGAAAGCCUCAAAUUAAUUGCCUACAGCACUUGAUUGCCGAGCUGUCUACUUUAACAUCCUAGCUGUCAACUGUAGAACUUAAUGAGAACGCUGUUUACUCCUUGCUGAUUGAUGCGACCCAGACCAGUGUAAGCUCUGGCUUUGUGUUCCCACUUGGCUUGAAUAUGCCUUUUCCUUUACCUUUUUUAUGAAUUUGUUAAUGGGUAAACUUUGAUUUCCAUACCUUUUGUGUGUGAUGCGCAUUAUAUAAUUAUGCAGGUGAUGACACGUCGAGAAGACCUGGUUGUUGCUAAGGAUGGUGUGACACUUCAAGAAGCCAACAGCAUUUUGCAAAGGAGCAAAAAAGGUUAACAAUCUGACCUGAUACCUAUAUUUAUGCUGUCUUCUUUGUAAAGCAUAAGUUCAAGCUUGGCAUUUUUGUACCACAUUACUGACAAACUGCAGAGGGCGAGUAUAUUGUCCAUUUUUAAUAUACAAUGCUUCUUCUUGUAUGACAGGAAAGCUUCCAAUCGUUAAUGAGAAGGGAGAAUUGGUAUCUUUGAUUGCCCGCACAGAUCUUAAGAAAAACAGAAAUUUUCCACUGGCUUCUAAAGAUGCCAACAAGCAGCUGUUAGGUAUGCCAGGUAUUGUACUGUUUUUAUCGCAGAUCAGGAAGGUGCUUCCUUGAGCUUGUGAUCACAGAGAUGAUGGUGCAGUAAACUUUUUCUUAUCUGGAUGCUGUUGGAGCUGGCACAAAGAAUCUGUCCAGUAGAGACUGACUGAAAAAUCAGAGAAACUGUAACUGGUGUCUGUUUUAGGUGUCCAUGAAGAAAAAGUUGACUGUAGCAUUGUGUGAUACUAGAAAAUGACCUGAUUGGUAUUGAAUCUUUCUUUGCAUGUAACUCAGGCUGUGUUCAUACUAUUCCCGAUAGCUUUAUGUACCAACCCGAAAAGCUAUCGAGUAUAGUGUGAACAGAAAUGGCGCAGAACUGAGACAAGUUGUUUACACCCAUUGAACAUCAUAUCAGAGCAGUUGGCCAAGAGGGUUUAUUGCACUAAAUCCCAUUUCUGAAGUCCAGUCUUAGUUUCUUCCAUUUCAAUGCCGCUUUGGCUUGAAUACCUUUUGACACUACAGUAAAGUUUGGCACAGAACCUACAGGGUAUCUGAUAUGUACUUUCGGGGUCAGCUUAGCGCAGCCUCGUUCCAUUACAAAAAUUGCGUUGAAAUCACUGUUCUUGUGUGUGAAUUAAAUCCUGAUCCAGGUGCAAAACUAUCUGGAAAAGUGAGAACAUAGCCUCCGUUGUUAAUGCAGCCAAGUUGAUGUGGUUGAAAAGAAAAUAUUAAUCCCUAACAAGACAAAACCAUAGCAAAGAGCAACUGUCACCUAUGCCUGAUUAUAGGCCUGCAAGAACGUUGUCUUUCCUUUCAUAGCAAGCAGUUUCAUUAAUUUUUCACAGAUUGUUUUUCGCUUUUUCCCAACUUUUUCUUCAUUGUGCCCAAGAGAAAUUGCCAGUUUGGAAGCUAGAGUUUUUAAGCCUUCUUAUCUCUUCAAUAAGAAAUCUAUAGAGAAUAUAUUUGGAAGUUUACUAUGUACUAGAUAUUAAGCCUCUGAGUGAUAAUUACAUGUAAUAUUACACAAUGUAAAUUCUCUUUUUGACCUUAGUGGGUGCAGCCAUUGGGACUCGAGAUGAGGAUAAGCAGAGAUUAGAGGCUUUAGUCCAAAGUGGUUUGGAUGUCGUGGUUAUUGAUUCUUCUCAAGGAAAUUCAAUCUUUCAGUUAGAUAUGAUCAGGUAAACUGUCAUUUUACUUAUAUAUACGCAGUGCUUUUGUAGGAUUCUAGCCUGUAAAGCAUUUUCAAAUAUUUUAGAUCACUAGACAAAUAGAUUAAAACUUUUAAAUUCCAAUUUGAUCGGGAAUGUACAGACACAUGUGACUGAGUAGCAUACUUUGCACCUGUUUUGUCCUGGGAGCAAAUGUUACUGCUCACGUAAUUGCCUUGUUAAAUUCUAAACGAGUAGAGGAGCUGGGAGGACUCAAAAGGUGCCCUAAACAAAGGUUCACUAUAUUUACCUUCCCAGUCUUCCUCAGUGUGUAUAGUAUUCAGCCAAUUGUAUGAAGAUAAAGCUGGAAAUCUUUAUUAACCUUUAAACCCCAAUCACCCCUGCAAUCACAUUUCUCCCAAAAAUAUCACUGCUAAAUCAAAUAAUGGAUCGAUCAUGAAAAUUAACCGUUAAGCCCUAAUAUCAACUACAAAUUCUUUAUACUGAUAUUGUUACAUCUCCUUGAAGAACAAGUUGAGAGGGUUUGUAUAAAGAUCAAAGAAUUUUCAUUUGAUUAAUUCGUACAACCUUUCCUCUUGAUGUUGUAUUGAUAUUGUCAAGAGAAAUUGAUGUCAGUCACUCUUGGGAUUCAAAGGGUUAAGCAGCUGAUCAAAGAGAUUCUCCUUAUCGUACCAUAGGAACUGUAUAGAAAAAAGUGUAGAGAAUCUGAAUGCUGAUAAUUAAAGUGAAACCUCUGUUAAGCGACCCCCCCCCCCCCCCCAUUAAGCGGACACUAAGCCGGGUUCCGAAAUUAACGUCCUAUAUUUCCCUUUAUAACGAACCCCUAUUCAGCGUACACCUCUAUUAAGCGGACACGGACACGGACACUAAAAUAAAUUGCAUUCGGCUAAUUUCGUUUGUUAAAAACCUCUAUUAAGCUGGCACUGGACUGAAUUGACAACAGUAUUAUUGAAUUAUAUCCUUGGAAUACGUACUGUAGUCGAUCAAUAAAGAUAAAUCAAUACUUUUGGCUGUCAAUAAACUGUAGAUUAGGCCAGUAUCCGUUUGGUGAUGAAAGCAAGAGCCAUAAUGGGACAUUAUGGUCCCAUUAUGGCUCUUGAUGAAAGGUAAUGAACCUGAACUCUAGAUAGCUACCUUAACAACAUGGAACUUAUCACAGUACAGAGUAACCGUUGAAUGUUAAUCUUUAACAAAAAUUACGCAAUUUUUACAAACCUCACUUACCUCUAUUAAGCGGACACUUGGAAAGGUCCCGAAUGUGUCCGUUUAGUAGAGGUUUCACUGUAUUAGGGUUUAAAUACAUCAGCCAAGUGAUGAUGACUAUGGUUACAGCUGACUUAUCAAUGUUAAACCAGAGUUUUAAUACAUCAUUAUAGCGGUUUGAAAUCUUGAUGGUUUCCCUUUUCCAUGGCUACCCAUUGUAAAAUCAAACCAAGAGAAAUUUGCACCUGACUCCAUGACGAGUGUUCAGAGGACGAACACCCCGUAAUGACGGUGCAUACAACAAAAACUGUGUUUAACUGAUGCACUCUUUAGUAAUCUGAUGGCUGAUGUAUUGUACUUUACUGACAUACAUUAUUAUUAUAGACCUAUACAGUGGCGGAUCCAGGGGAGGUGCCCGGGGGACCCGCUUCCCCCCCCCCCCACCACUUAUUUUUAGACCAAACUGGGGCCUGAAGGGCCAAAAAAAAAAACGAUAUGAAAAGCGGCCCCCACCCUCCCCCCCCCCACCCUUUAUCUCAAAGUCUGGAUCCGGCACUGCUUUAGAUUCUAAGAUGAGGACGAGAUCUUCUCAAAACUAAGAAGCCUUUUCCAAGGGUUCAGAUAGUGGAGUGUGACGCGAAGUAAGAGAGCGGGACAAAAAAGGAGGAAACCCACCCAACCCUUCCCCCCCGCACCCCCCCUCGCUGUUUUUUUGUGCUCAUAUCUCUUCACGCCGUCCCCACGAUCUGAGCGCCUGGAAUAGGCUUAAUACUAAGUAGUGCGCACAGGUGAACUAGCAUCAUUUUGGCGGGAAAACGUAAUAGUACGGAGAGUAAGAUUCACGUUUACGCCAAACGGCAGACAUGAAUUUGUACCACGAGACCAAUGUUCCCCCUUAUUUUCCGUUUACUCUUUAUUGCUCCUACACAAAAAUAAGUAGUUUUAUCGCAGUUUUAAACAUAGGAGUCGUUCGGGGCUGUUUUUAUCUGCUUAUUUUCGAUUCUGAGAAAUUCUCAACUUAAGUUUGCCGUUUGCCGUUUGCGGUAAACGUGAAUCUUAAUCUGUCUAGUAGUUGUCGUUAGUCUACUGCAGGUUUUAUCGGAAGGGUCAUAGUGAUGGAAAUAAGUUAUUAAAAUUAAUGUUAGAAGUUUUAUCAUGGAACCGUUGGUGAUUUUGAAUAAAUCACUUUUCCUAGGUUCAUAAAAGAGCGUUACCCAGAUCUGCAAGUGGUUGGCGGUAAUGUGGUAACCGCGGCUCAGGCAAAGAACCUGAUCGAUGCCGGAGUAGAUGCACUGCGGGUUGGCAUGGGAGCUGGCUCCAUAUGCAUCACUCAGGAGGUUAUGGCAGUGGGCAGGCCACAGGCCACUGCUGUUUUCAAGGUAGCGGAGUAUGCAAGACGCUUUGGGAUCCCUGUGAUUGCUGAUGGUGGAAUUCAGAAUGUGGGGCAUAUUUCUAAAGCGCUCAGCUUGGGAGCGUCAACUGGUAUGAUGUGCUUAUCAAACACUGUUACUCUGACUGUUACAUAAGGGAGACUUAGCAACCACGAAGGCGGCAGCAUCGAGAAAAAGCAAUAGGUUUAACAAGCGAAACAACAACUCUACACGUGCAUUACGCUUUUUCUUUCGUACAUUUCCUUGCCGUCGUUCCACGAUUAAGACGUGACAUUUCCUUAAUAUCAAUUAUCAAUCGCUGUUACCCUGACUGUAAUAUAAAGGAACUUAGUAACACGACGGGAACCGCAACGAAAUACAAGCAACAACUCCGCACGUGUAUCAGGCGUUUUUGUACAUCUCUUCAUCGCCGUCUCUGCACGACAAGGAUGUGAAAUUUCGUUAUGCGAUGUUUUUUUGGGGGACGUAAACAGACGACGACAGAUAUGUUUUUUUUCUCUUGAAUAUUGUCAUUCAGAAAUCAAUUUCAAGUAAGUUUACCUACAUUUGACAUUUUAAACGAGUGGGAAUUAUCGUGACAAAGUUUGAAAAAUCACGAAUUCAAUUCCGCUGCCGUCGCCGUCGUCGGUGCUUAAGCCCCCUACACUGUAAUAUUACGGUUAGGUUUAGCACUGAGCACCCAAUGUAACUGAACACUAAUAAGGCAGUGAUAUAAGACAAAUGGGAGAGGAUAAAUACGUAAAACAAUUCUUGAAGAAGUUUCAAGGAAGAACCCCCAAAGCUUUGGUAUUAAAAUUAGCAUACAAUUUUCAAAUUAAUGUCCUUCGUGGCAUAAAUUUUGGUUCAUCAUAUUUUACUUUACUUUCCAGUUAUGAUGGGAUCUUUGUUAGCUGGUACAACAGAAGCUCCAGGCGAAUAUUUCUUUGCUGAUGGUGUCAGACUUAAAAAAUACAGAGGUGAGUAUCUCAGAAACCUUAACUGUUCUCAUCAGUUGACGAGUUUAUCAGUUGUUAUAUAUUGAUGAGUUGAAAGUUUAGAAACGACAAGAAGACUGGAGCCGAGAUGUGUCCCGCAAUUGCUUCUGGGAUCGUACAUGUACUUCCCCACCCCCCUCCCCUCCCUAUGACUAGUGACAGUCCCAGGAGUCUUUGCGAAAGUUAACUCAGCGAGUUCCCUUCCUGUCUGGAAUUUUUUGCAUAAUGUUAACUGUUUUCAUUUCAGGAAUGGGAUCGUUAAGUGCAAUGGAGAACAAGGGCGGCGCGCAAAGAUACUUCAGGUAAUACAACUUCUUGAACGUAAUCAACAAAAUUGUACUGAUUGGCCAUUCUGAGGUUGUGUAGAGUUUAAGAUACCACGACGGCGACGGCGGCGAAAGAGACUUCGCGUUGUUUGAAACUUCAGUGCGAUUAUAUUAACUUGCUCACUUUGUGCAAUAUAGGCAAACUUUCCUGGAGCUGAAUUCUUCUGCUGUUGAUAGGUGCCUGCAGGUGGGAGGUGUCUGGGUUGCCAUAGAGACCAUGCUUUCCUCCCUUUUUGCUGACUUGACGGCACCUUUCCUGAAGUACUGUAUUAUUAACAUCAAUGUUUAACUGAUUUUUUUUUGAAGUGAACAUGACAAAGUGAAAGUAGCCCAAGGAGUAUCAGGGUCAGUGGCAGAUAAGGGCUCCAUCCACCGGUUUUCACCCUAUUUAUGUACCGGGAUUCAACACGGCUGCCAAGACUUGGGAGCAAAGAGUCUCACUCAGCUAAGGUUAGUUCUUAUUUCAAAACUUAUUUUAAAUAGCAAUGGAAGCCCUUGUCCAGGAGAAAAAUUUUCAAGUUGUCACACUCCGGGAACUUUCCAAAAGUCAGAACUGGCUGGCCGCACAAUGGCCGGACCAGACAUUUUGGCAAUGAAACAGGCUUUUUCCAAGAGGUUUUGCUGAAAAAUAAUCUCCUUUGUGCAUAAUAUUUAGGAUUUGACUGAUCUGGAUGGUUGGUUUUGAUUAAAAGUGACAUUCUCAUUACGAUGGGAAUGGGCUAGCCAGUCAGUUCUAGCCUGCGAGCAAGCUCUCCUAUUUGGGCAAGCGAAGCGAGCCUCGCGAGAACGCGCGAGCGAGCGAGGGGCCGAGGAAUCAAAAUCUAUCGAGACUUGACCAGAUCGGCAACUUUCCAAUUCCAAUUCGCGCGUUCUCGCGAGACCCGUUUCACUCGCCCAAACGGGAGAGCUUGCUAGCAGGCUAAGUCAGUUCUGACAAAUGGAAAGCGCCCUCAGAAUCGUGGCGCUUGUCUGCAAUCGCGGUGAUCACCACAGGGAACCCAAUGUGGGAAGCCCCACACUGGGACUCCAAAGGAGUAUUUACUUCAACCCUCUUAAAGUCAUCAAUAAUUCAUGAAGAAAAUACAAAGGAAAUUAAUGUUAAAUGAGUGUUUGGAAAUCAGAUGAAAAACUGCUCAUUUUUGCAUCCUUAAUUUCUCCUUCUAAAAUCAUUUUUGAGAAGUAAUAUCAAGCAUUCGACAGUGUUUCAUCACCAGAUGAAGCACCUCGAAGGUCGUCAAAAAACUACUCCGCUGCGCGUUGUAUUUUAAACUCUCUUCUCGGUGUUUCAUCUGGUGAUGAAACACUGCGUCUCAUGCUUGAUAUAUUGCCACCAAAACGCCGGUAAAUUAGGCCGUUUUUCAACGUCUUGGGGCCGGGGAUUUCCUCCGACUACUUAUAUUUGUAUGAUCCCCGGCUACUUUCAUACAAAAAUAAAGGAAAAUGGAACCAAAAGAACUUCGGAGCCGUUCCAGCACCCGCCUAAGCGGCAACUUCAUGUUUGGCUUAAUGUAGACAUUAGGUAGGUUCGAGUGCAUGACAUUUUGGACCUGUCACACAAGAGAUAUUUGUUGAUCAUGAGAAUGAAGGCCCUUUGAUAAGUCAAAUCAAGCAGGCUUUGUUGUUUGAGAUUAAAAGCACCUGCCAGAUACGUAGCUGGCAUAGACUUCAAAACAGUCCGCCUUUUUGUGUAUUCAAAUACUUGCGAACAAUCAAACAAAAGGUCUGGAGCGAGGGUGAAAACGGAGAGCGAGACUGGCGAAAGACGCUUUUUUUCUCUCGCCUCACACGUCUUACGGGUGUGUGAGGCUCCCGCACUUCGCGCGUGUGGGACUCUAAAGCUAGGCUAAAACGAUUUUGAGGAAGAAAAACCCGACUGUUUUGCAGUCUAAAGCUGGCAAAACCGCGAGACGAACAAAAGCAAAAGAGACUCGCCUCUUAUCCCUCAAGAAAAAAAGGCAAAAGCAAAAUGACAUUUUGAAUGCAUUUCUUUACUUCGCAUAAUCAUUGCAAUGCUGUGAGAAAAACGGCAAGGGUGAGAACCGGAGACUCAUUGACUAGCUUAACGUACUGGUGGAUUUGUUUUAGAGCUAUGAUGUACUCUGGAGAGCUCAAAUUUGAGAAGAGGACUACUUCAGCACAGAUUGAGGGAGGAGUUCAUGGAUUGCACUCGUAA